AGUAGUAGGAAUAGCAGCAAAGACAAAGAGACCAAGAGAGAGAAGAAAGAGACGAAAGCAAAUGAUAAGAGAGAACCAAAAGCGAAGAAAAUGGAAAAGAUGAAAAGAAGAGAGCAAAGAGCGAAGCCAAGACAGGCAAGAAGGAACAAAGAGCGAAGCCAAAACGAAGCAAAGAGCGAGAGAAGAAGAGAGAAAGAGAGAGAGAAGAACGAGAGCAGAAAGAAAACAAAGAAAAAAGAAAAAGAAGAAAAUGAGAAAAAGAAGAAAAAGAAAGAGGAGAGAAGAGAGAGAGAGAGAAGAAGAGAGAGAGAGAGAGACAGAGAGAAGAGAGAGAGAGAGAAGAGAGCGAGAGAGAAGAAGAGACGAAAGGAGAGUAGAGAAAGAACGAGACAAGAGCAGAGCAAAGAGAGAGCCAAGAGCGAGAACCAAGAGCAGAGCGACGAGAGAGAGCGAGAGCAAAGGGGCGGAGAGCAAAGACGAGACCAAGAGGAGAGCCAAAGAGGAGACGAGAGCCAGAGAGCGAGAGCCAAAGAACGAGAGCCAAAGAGCGAGAGCCAAAGAGCGAGAGCCAAAGAGCGAGAGCCAAAGAGCGAGAGCCAAAGAGCGAGAGCCAAAGAGCGAGAGCCAAAGAGCGAGAGCCAAAGAGCGAGAGCCAAAGAGCGAGAGCCAAAGAGCGAGAGCCAAAGAACGAGAGCCAAAGAACGAGAGCCAAAGAGAGAAGAGCCAAAGAAAGAGAGAACACAAAGAGCGAGAGCCAAGACGAGAGCCAGGCGAGAGCCAAAGAGCGGAGCCAAAGACGAGAGCCAAAGAAGCGAGAGCCAAAGAGCGAGAGCCAAAGAAGCGAGAGCCAAAGAAGCGAGAGCCAAAGAAUGA